UGGAAUCAGUUGGUCUCCGUCAGAACCGAGAUCCCGUCUGAUUCCCCCGGUAAAAACCCGUUUAAAUCCCGUCCGGUAACAGCGACGGUACUCAGAGCUGUAAACUAACAUUUAACUCAAAGUUUUAUUUUUACAAAACCAUUAUCUUCGCUCCAUUUCGUCUUCUACCUGCCUAAGAGAGACACCUGUCGUACCUCACCUGUCGCCGCCAUGAUGUCGGCGAGACAGUAAUGGCAGCAGACGGCAGAGCUCACCGGUAGAAAACAGGCGACAAACUGUGAAGACGAAAUAAAAAAAAACAGGACAACCGGGACCCUUCAGCGGGGACUUACUGCGUCAUGGAUUUACUCGAUGCAGGAGAGAAGUUCAGUCCAAGACAGGACCCUGACUGGGAUACGGCGCUCCAGUUCUUGCCGGCCUCAGACUCCAAGCACCUGGAGAAGAAACCGGGCCGCAGGAAGAAGCUGUGGAUCGGAGUUGGUCUGGUGCUCGCGGCCGCCGCUGUGGCUCUGCUGACCGGACUGCUGGUCUGGCACUUCCACUUGCGUAAUGACGUCAGAGUGAAGAGAGUUUACAUUGGCUCGAUGGGAAUCAAUAACCAGCCCUUCCUGCUCGCACACGAAGAUCCCAAUAGUCCUCAGUUUACUAACCUGGCCAGUCUGGUCAGCCAGCAGCUGAAACUGAUUUACUCUAAAAACUCUGUGCUGGCCAGAUACUUUAAAGGCUCCACGGUCCAGGCCUUCAGUGAGGGUGAAGGCAGCAGUGACGGUGGCAGUGGCAGCAUCGUGGCGUAUUACCAGUCAGAGUUCGACGUGCCCAUCCCCCAGCAGACAUCGCUGGACGAAGCCAUCGAGUCUCUGGAUCCGCCGGAAGGAAGUCAGCAGGGCCGACAUGGACGAGUGAUGCUGAGACCCACGGACGCCCUGAACGUCAACAGUGUCAUCUCACGAGUUAUAGAUCCACGCAUGUCAAGAUCCUCUUUUGAGAGAGAGUCCUUCAACAUCCACGUCAAGGAAGCGGGAAUCGUCCAGUCUCCGGGGUUUCCAGACUCUUCGUACCAACCAAACGUCUACCUGCAGUGGAGGCUUCGGGCCGACCCCGGCCAUCGGGUCCGGCUGGACUUCCACACCCUGAUCCUGGAGGACGACUGUCAGCAAGACUUCAUCAAAAUCUAUGACUCCCUGGCUCCGAUCGAGAACCGCGCUCUGACAGAACAGUGUGGAUACCCUCAUGGCUCCCUCUCCUUCUUGUCCUCUGGGAACGUCAUGUUGUUGACUCUGGUCACCAGUGAGGAGAAACACUUCCCCGGCUUCAGAGCCAACUACUCCCAGAUUCCUCUGACUGAACAAAAGUGUGGAGGUACGCUGACUGCAGAAAAAGGCUCUGUGUCUUCACCUUUCUUCCCCUCCAACUAUCCACCUCAGACCACGUGUGUCUGGAACAUCAAGGUCCCGGAGGAAAAGUUUGUGAAGGUUCAGUUCAACAAGUUCUCCCUGGGAAAUCAAAGUGACCAGUGUCCCAAUGAUUACGUUGCCGUCAACAAUCAAAGACUGUGUGGCAGGAAGUUAAAAAGCACAGUGAUCACCAGCCUAAGCAACAGCAUGACCAUCAAAUUUAACUCAGACUCGUCCUACGUUGACCAGGGUUUCACCGCCGAGUAUGAAGCCUUUGUCCCGACCAACCCUUGUCCAGGAAGGUUCCAGUGCACCAACAACCUGUGCAUCAACAAGACUCUGCAGUGUGAUGGAUGGAACGACUGUGGAGAUGGUACUGACGAGGACAACUGCACAUGCGAUGCGUCUCAGAUGAAGUGUAAAAAUGGACGCUGUAAACCAAAAUUCUGGGAGUGUGACGGGGCUGACGACUGCGGAGACAACACAGAUGAAGAAAACUGUGUAAAAUGUAAAGCAGGAGAGUUUUCAUGCAGAAAUGGCCGCUGUGUCCCCGAGAAGUUGAAGUGUAACGGAGAAGACGACUGCUCUGAUGGAUCUGAUGAGUCCAAAUGUGAAAAGUCUCUGGUGCUGCAGCAGUGUUCAGAGUUCACCUUCCACUGCAAGAGUGGACGCUGCAUCAGUAAACUCAACCCAGAGUGUGAUGGAGAACAGGACUGCGAGGACGGCUCUGACGAGGACAACUGCCAGUGCGGGUCAAGGCCGUACCGGAGUUCUCGUAUCGUGGGCGGUCAGGCGUCAAGGGAGGGCGAGUGGCCCUGGCAGGUCAGCCUCCACAUUAAGGGCACGGGUCACGUGUGCGGAGCGUCGGUGCUGAGUCGCCACUGGGUGCUGACCGCCGCUCACUGCGUCCAAGACAACGGACCAAACAAGAACUCGCAGGCGGACCGAUGGGAGGCCUUAUUGGGUCUGCACGUGCAGAGUCAGACCAACGAGUGGACGAUGAGGAAGAACAUAAAGCGGAUCAUUGCCCACCCCGACUACAACCCUCUGACCUACAACAACGACAUCGCCCUGAUGGAGCUGGACACCGAAGUGACCCUCAACCAGAACAUCUGGCCCAUCUGCCUGCCCUCCCCCACCUAUGACUUCCCAGCAGGCCAAGAGGCGUGGAUCACCGGCUGGGGAGCCACCAGAGAGGGAGGCGUCGCUGCGACGAUCCUGCAGAAGGCAGAGGUUCGGAUCAUCAACAGCACGGUGUGUAAGAAUCUGAUGAAUGAUGAGGUCUCAGACAGGAUGUUGUGUGCUGGAGUCCUCAAAGGAGGCGUGGACGCCUGUCAGGGUGACUCCGGUGGUCCGCUGUCCGUCACCGGCCCCGGUGGGCGGGUCUUCCUGGCUGGUGUGGUGAGCUGGGGCGACGGCUGUGCUCGCAGGAACAAACCUGGUGUCUACACUCGAAUCACCAAGUACCGCAGCUGGAUAAAGGAGAUGAGCGGAGUGUAGCUGCAGAGCAGCAGACGGCCUCUCUGGAUUACGGGUAUUUCUCAUGGAUAUUUAUGACUGGAGGUGAAUGUUGGAUGUGAUAGUUUUUAUUUUUUUAUGUUUUUCAAGACAGAAUAAGAUCAAUGUUCACAGCAGAAUCAUCACCCUCAACUGCUCUUUGCUUCUACAAGAAAAACACUUCAUCAGAAAAGCUUCAUCUCAUUCAGUAAAUACAUAAAACUUUUGAAUCAAGGUGUGAUCAUGUUGAGAAGCAGGGAUAUUUUCAGGUUGAAAUUUUGCUAUGAAUUACUUUGUAGCAGUAAAUUCUAUAUUUCAAUUUCAUUUUUAAAUGAAACACUUGAACUUCCUCUUGAACAGGUGAGGGUGACGUUAAAACACUGAACUCUGUCACACACUCUGAAAAUAAUGGUUCGCUUCAGGACCUCAUUCUGAUCGUGGUUUAACUUCAAGCUAACGUGAUGUUAGCUGGCUGAAAUGAUUCUGUUCAUUCUCACCAUUUCCUGGCUCCUAAACACACAUGGAGAGGUUUGAUUUACUAAUGUUGAAUGAAGUUGAAUGAAGGGAAAUGGUGCUCUUAAUCUGAAUGGCCGAGUGCUGAUCAUAUGAUGUAUGUUAAGAGAUAACACUCUUUACUGUAGCUUUUCAAUACAUAACCUAUUCCAUACAUAUUCCAACUAUGUUAUAAAAUACAAAAAAAAAUCAAAUCAAAUCAAAAAUCAACACUGAAUUCAGUAAUCAGUCUUACAUAUGUAAUUUACACAUAAAUUGUGAAACUUGCUCAGAUCGAACUAAAUCCAUUACAGCUGUGUAAAUUUUUUACUUGUGAAGUUAUGGAUUCAAAAUGUCAUACAUUUUAGUGUUUUUAUUACAAAUUCAAAAAAAUUUAGUUGAAUAUAUAUUUUUUCUCCUCCUACCUUGGAUUUGCUGUUUAUCUUAUGUAUAGCCUAUUUUAUUGUCUUUACAUACACAUUUACUCUUUUUCGUGUGUUUCAUCACUAGAUUGCAUUUCUGCCAAUAAUACAAAGGCAUCAUUUGUAUCUGAAAAUAAGACAUGGUUGUUUCAGCAGCUGUGGAUCAGCUAAAGAAUCUAGUCUUCUGUCAAAUGAACAACAAUUAAAUCAAACUAAGUAAUCCAUGCGUGACGAACAGGGACCAAGUUCCUGUGUGAUCCUUUGCAGCAGAUUACAUAAAAAAAACUAAAAUAACCUCUAAAUACCCCUCUAGUAUCCAGAGAAACUGUAAAGUUUCAUGAAGCUUUUGUUAUUGAGCUCCUCAGGGAAACACCAACAUUUUUGCCAUGUUGUCAAAAUUCACUACAACAACGGAGCUAUAGCAUAAAAAUGAACCCUUAAAUGUUUCUUGAAUCUCUUUUUGUAUAUGGCGCUCUCCAAUAUUUGCUUUGCACUACAAAACAGAAGGAGGGCACUGAUUUUUCAAAGCAAACGAACCAAAAAGUUGCAAAAGUUUGAGCAAAAAUAAAUGAAUAAAUAAAUAUUUGUAUUUAUAGAAUUUAUUAGGCUACAUUAGAGAUUUAAAAAAAAA